UCGUCGACCCCUUCGUCGACCACCUCGCACCCACCCUAUCUGAUGUACGACGAGGACGGGAGCACGGCGGACCAGAAGAUCGAGGAGGACGGGAGGGGCGCGAUCGAGGCGGGAGGGAUCAGCGGCGAGCGGGUGAUCGCCGCGUCCGGCGGCAUAGGCGUCGGCGUCGGGAUAGGGAUCGGUGGAUCCGGUGCCGCUCCCGGGGGGGGCACGGGGUUGGCCAGUUACUGGCAACACGCGACCACCGCCACCGGUUACUGGCCCUCGUUGCUCGACUGUUGGACCACCCCGUCCAUCGCUUCCGGCUCGCAAACCCUCUCCCUGCCGCGGGACGAGAACUGAGAACAGCGGCCGUUGCCGCGACGCCAGCCUCGUCCUCGCAAGUAAUUCUCCUUUGCCUGGGAUACUUUUCUCUUCGAGGCCCUCGUCGAGCAUUAUUCCCUUUUCCCUUCUUUGUCGCGUAUAUACGUAUCGAUGUGUGUUAGAGGUUACGAUACAUGUGUAUAUAUGUAUACAUAUAUGUAUUUUCUUCAGUCUUCUUUCGUCUCGUUUAAAAUCGUUUCCAAUCGGUUUUUUUUAAUCACGUGAGAUGAUUUCGCGAGGAUUCACGUCAUUCGUAACUCGUGAUUUUUAAUUACGCGUUGUCCUUCGCUGAUUCUUCGCAGAUUUAAUGGUUAUUUAAUGCCAGGAUUUAAUUGUAUUCUUCCCAGGUGCAAAACAGGUGAAUGGGAUGAAAGAUUGUACAUACGAUUGUAAAUGCACGAACGAUCGAAUCGAAUAUAUGGGUAUAUAUAUAUAUUAUAUAUAAAAUAUUUAAUGUUUCGAGGUGCAUGCUUCAUCCGUAAAAUGGAACGGAAUCGCAGAGAACGAUCUCGUAGAAAGGAUUCUUAAGUUUCCUAAGAAAUUGGUUGAGAAUUGAGGAAUUCUUUUAUUUUUCUCUCCUUUCCUUUCUCGCAUUUUUUAUCGAAAAUGCGAGGGAAUUAUUUGACAAAUACUCGAGCCAAAGUGCAAUAUUUUCGAUUAUCGUUUUUCUCGAUGGAAGAAAAAGUAAGUAAUGAUUUAUCGGAGCAACGAGCUUUCGUAUCGUCGUUAAAAAAAAGUUUAUCUUUAACCGCGAUUAAUUCCUCGUCGAGUCACAGAAUAUGCAUCGUGCGUUUCGAAACAGAAUUCAAACGGGCAACGGGAAUUUCGAAUUUCGUUGCCGAACAGUCUUUCACAGACUCUCGAAGAAACGAAAAAAAGAAAAAGAAAAAAAGAGGAUAAAAGAUAAAUUCAAUUAGAGAAACAAAACGAGAAGGGAAAGAUGAUGGGAUGACUGAUGAAGGGGAAAGAAAGAAAGAAAGAAAAAAAAAAGAAAAGAUCCAGCGCGGAUCUUUGAGAUGUACUCACUAUCCUGUAGAUAUAUGUAUAGUAGACGCUGAUUUUACGCGAUUCGUAAAUAUCUUUUAGAAUUGUUAUAUUGUAAUGAUGAUAAUAAUAACAUUACCCAACAGAAUACCAAAAAAAUAAAUAAAUAAAUAAAUAAAUAAAUAAUAACGAAAGAAAAAUGUAAACCAUACAGGCUGUAUGUAAAUGAAAAUGGCCACCGUUACUGGCGUUCCUCGCGGUGCGGUGGUACUUUGUACAGUGUACGAGGAAAGAAAAUCACUUUAUCGACUUAUGCAUACGUUAUAAAUAUUAUUAAUAAUUAUAUUGAAUAAUUAUAAAGGAAGAAAAAUGAAAAAAAAAAAACUGUAUUCGAUAUCCUUGCAGGGCACGUGUAAUUGAACUUUUGGAGUCCAUCGAUUCAUCAUCCUCUUCGCGUCUCGUUUACAACUUCAUUAAGUUCGAUCACGUCUUCAAUCGCGCGUGACGAUUGCGCGUGUCGUUAUUUUUUUUCAUCGACCACUGCGUUUAAUAAUAAAAUUGUUAAAUUGUACGAAAUUGUUCGACAAAAAAAAAAAUUGGAAUUUGGACAGGGUGUCGUGUUUUUUAAAACGGAAAAAAAAAGACAAAAAAAAAAAAA